UUGCUGUUGGCUAUCGUUUUUCGAAGUUUAAUUGAAUUAAAUGAAAUCCGAUAAACUAAGGAAAUGAAAACAACUCGUAGAAACAUAAUACCAGUCGAAUGACCAAUAUUUCUAAGAAUUAUUUUAAAAAAUUUGCCAUGUCCUGAGAUAUAACCUCUAAAUACAUAUAAACUUAAUUGGAAUUGGACAAUUGAAUUUUACUAAACAGAAACAAACAGGUCAGUGGAGUACAGUUGUGCUGUUUUGUUGAGUACUAAGUGAUGGAGUACCUUCCGAGACUACCAGUGGACCAAAUAAUGUCAUAUUUGGAAGUUCCUGAUCUGCUGGCUUGUUCUCUGGUGAAUUCAGGCUGGAGAGCUGUCAUAAAUGAUGAUAGACUGUGGAAAAAGGUUUGCUACAAACAAAGCAACAAACCUACCAUUGAAUAUGUUCAGGCUGUAACCUCCAGGAUAUCUCCUGAGUUUGAAGAACCAGAGUCGUAUCACAAACGCCUCGAACCUUUGUGUCAUUGGAGGGUGGUUUAUAUGAAACUGCAACAUGUGAAUUGGAACUGGCGCAGAGCUAAGCAUGAAACAUACAGUGUUACUGAUCUUGCUUACAAUCACUUUGACCUUAAAAUUGAAAACGAUCUUUUAGUUGCGAACGUGAACGACAAUCAGUGUGAAGUUUGGAACAUCAGAGAAAUUCCUCGAAAACAAGAAACGGUUAUUUGUGCUUUGAAAAACACCAGGUGUAAGUGUAUGAUUCACUUGUGUGGAGAUAGGCUAGUCAUUGUUCAGGACACUUUGCUCCAAAUUUACCAUAGGGUAGAAAAGAGGUUUAGUUGCCGUUAUAGAAGAUUAUUUAACCAACCAGAAUCAGAUUCAGAAACCAUCCCAGGAUCUUUGACUGUUGAUGAGUGGUACAAUGAAACUGUAAAACGACGACCUACUCAUCUUCAGGCGUUUAAUGUCAGUAAGUACUUCAUAGGCUUGGCUCUAAAUGGAACAUUUGAAAACGCUUCAUUUCACGUUUGGGACUCAUCUGUAGGAGUAAAACUGAAGGAAGAAGUGGUAAAAAACAUUUCUGUGGAUGUUAAAGAACCGAUACACAAUGUGAAAUUUUGUCCACCUAAGACAGAACAAGGAAAAAUUCUUGUUUGUGUUCAACAUGUGAGACAAAGUGGUAAUUUUGGUGAUGAUAUUUAUUUCUCUGUUCUGUACAUUUAUGAUUUACUCACAUUAACUUUUAGAAAAUUGAGGGUUCUUAGACCUCACGUUCCUUGGAUUUAUUAUGAAGAUAAUUUAAUCUUGACAAUUGGUUAUAGCCAAGCUAAAUUGAGCAUUUACAAUUCUACCAGUGGGGAAAGACUUGCUUCAAAAAGAUAUGAAGGAAUCAUAAAUCCUGAGAGUGUCCAAGUCCACGGAAAUCAUAUUGGCUUUACUACCGGAGGUGACCUAGUUGUCUUAAGUAUUAAGGAUUUUGGCCUUGAAUUUACCACUGGUAUUGUCAAGUUUUCCUCAAACCUUUUUGGGUUUGACUUUGUGUUUCUUGAUUGGGAUUUGGUUCUCAUAUCCCGUUGGGAUAAAGUCAAUAAGAUAGAAGUAUGGAGUGUGAAAGAAAAAUGUUUCCUUAGUACAUUACAUGCUAGUGGCCUAAUGUUCCCUUGUAACAACUCAGCCAAGUUUUUUGUUUGGAAUGAAAUGAUAACAACUAUAUACAUGCUACAAUUUUGGUAAAUUCAAUUGUAAAUUUUGGAAAAGUAAAACUUGUUUGGAAAAUAUUUUUAAGUUUUGUCAAUACUGUUCAAGAUAUAAAAAAAACAUAUAAGAAAAUUAAAUAAAAUCAUUAAAAACUUAGUGAUUGUAAAUAACUACAGGGUUCCCUAGUCUGUUUCAUAUAAUAACUGUUAAAUUGUCUUCCACUGUAUGUAUAAAUAGGUUGGUUCUAUUUAUCAAGAUGUUAAUUUGGUUUAUGUGCGGUUUUGUUUACUUUGUGUAUAUUAAAAGUGAUGUAUUGCUUACA